AAAAUAGAAUUUAGAAUUUCCUCGGUCAAAAUGUAUGCCCACAAGCGAUUGAAAGGGACAUUCGAAGAAAUAUCAUAUCCUUCUGAUCAACAUCCUUUGCAUGUAAAGCUGUUCAAAACAAAUGCAGUCCAACUUGGAAUUUCAGACGAGGAACAUGUGUCUUAUUUAUCCAUCGUUGCAAAGAGAUUGCAUCAGGAAGAGAGCGCGGUUUAUUCCGCCUCCCCUGCGGAAACUCCAAUACUAGGGGACAAAUAUCCGUUCUCCCCAUCCGCUUCCUACACACAGGACCAACUUGACAACUUCACAGAUCCAAUAUCGGAAUAUGUGGACGUCACGGCAUUCUGUUGGAUCAUUGAUGAUCCAGACGAUUUUGACGAUGAAACGGAUGAAAUUUGUAUUCAAUGUUCAGUAGAGUUUGCUUCUCACUAUCAGAUCGUUGGAGACGAAGAUAUUUACGUGCGGUUUCUUCAUCUCUUCCCCAUUCAAAAAGUUGUAAUGGGUGUUACAGACUAUGUCACAUUUAAAUGGCUGCAGAAGAUAGAUUUUAGUGCAGGAAUGGUGAAUGAAGUUUGUAAACAUGCUGUGUUGUUGAAAGUCAAUGAUAUUUUUCUAGCACCGUAUCCUGAGCUAUUCUGUCAUGAUGACAAAUUUAAUCCCAUGAUGUACUAUCACAUGCAUGUACUUGAAUGUUGUCCUUUGCGUCAAGGAAUAUUGUCUGUUGAUACAGAACUGGUUCUGUCAUAUAUUGGCGAUGAGGAACCAACAAGUCCCGGUCCAGACUUUGUGCUCCAGAGUCCCUCCAAGGCAGUCAAAACAUUAGAACACUUCCUUAUGUCAGACUUCUGCCAGCCAUUAAAACCAUCAUCUCUAGACCUGAAUGCAAAGACCAUUGGAGUUAAGAAAAGUUCCUUCCGAUCAAAAGUAAACAACAAUUUGUUUAGUUUUGAAGUGGUUCAGCAACAUGUGUUGUGGAGAAAACUUUUGUGCAAAGUUCAGAAGAAAAUUACUUUUGAUUCCAUGUACAUUAUAGGAAUGUCCAAACUGAACAUGUUACAGAGUGGAUUCUUUGAAGAGAGUUUGGUCAAAGUUUCCUUAGAAAUGUCAAAUUCCACAGUGGUGUCCUACAGGCUAGCCCUUGUCAAGUGUCUCUCUGACAGCAUUGCCCCAACGUCUACAGUCAAUAAAGUGUAUGUCUCUCCGUUACUUAUUUUCAAUCUGCAGAACUCGUGUGGAAUGGUAUCCAAGAAAGUACCAUGCAACCUCAGAAUAGAGAGAUACAACUGCACCUCAGGCUUUGAACAUGACGUAGACUUCGGUUCUAUCAGCUCAUCCUGGAACACUCAGAUACCCACUGCCAAAGAAGUCAGCAUAUCCAUAGUUAUAUCCCCCUACUACAGUCCACGCCAGAUCAAGUCGGAGGCCGUGAAAGCCUACUUCAGAGUUCCACGAUUGCUAACUAAAGGAGACAUUUUACCUGUCCGAAGCCAAGAUGACCCUGAGUAUUGUUCUGCUCUGAGUGACUCGGACAGGAGAUACCCAACAGUGUUUUUCAAAGUAGUGAAAUUAGAAGGACCUCAGUCUCACUUCCCCAGUUUUAUUUGUGAUCAGCGGGCAACACGAGUAGUUCAGGUUGGGUCCGUCCACAGUUAUGUCCCCCUGAUCAUGACCCCAUACCUGUCUGCUAAACCGCUGUCUUACUGGGACCAGACUUUUCAAGUCCAUGGGAUGGACAGACAUGUAGGCAAACUAGAGACUCUCAUCAGGCCAUACCUACAGCACAGAACAAAGAACACAAGAAUGGAGUCGGUGAAUUUAAGAGAUGUUAUUCCUUCUGUGAUGCUAACAGGUCCCAGUGGAUGUGGCAAAACAACUGUCGCCAUGAUUGUGGCUAGGCGUCUCAACAUGAAUGUCCAUAAAGUGAACUGUCACAGUCUAUAUGGGGAGUCCUCAGGGUCUAUUGAAGCCAGAAUCAAGAAUGUCUUCAAUGCAGCUAGUACGUUUUCUCCUUGUAUCUUGUUGCUACAUAGCAUUCAUGCACUAGGAAAGGAUAAAGAUAGAAGUGUUGAAGGUAUUGGUAGUCUUGCUGACCCCAGAGUCGCAGGGAGUUUUAAGGCCUGUGUUGUAAAGCUGAGAAAAGAAUAUAUAGAGUAUCCUGUGGUUGUCAUAGGAACCACUCAUUCACCUGGCAACCUGGCAGCCGACAUCCACGAGUCAUUUCUACACAAAAUAGACAUAGAGGUUCCUAAUGAAAAUGAAAGGGCAGAGAUCAUGGAUGGUUUGUUGCAGAAUGUUUCAUACUCUGGUGAUCUCUCGGGUCAAUAUCUAGCACAGAGGACUGCUGGAUUUGUGCUCGGUGACCUGGUUGCCCUUGUAGCUCAUGCCAAGAGAGAGGCAUACAGAUCAGUAUUAACACACUGCAAGGGUAGCAGGGAGUCGUUGACUGUGGAAGAAGAGGAAGACAUUGCAACUGUUGGAACAGUGGUACAGCAAGAUCAUUUUGUCAGAGCUCUGGACCAGCUCCAGGAGGCUCAUUCUGACACCAUAGGGGCUCCAAAGAUUCCAGAUGUGUCAUGGGAUGAUGUGGGAGGAUUAGCGGAGGUAAAAUCAGAAAUUCUGGACACCAUUCAGCUACCAUUACAGUAUCCAGAAUUGUUGGCUGCUGGAUUGAGGCGAUCGGGUAUCUUAUUCUAUGGUCCACCAGGAACAGGAAAAACACUUUUGGCCAAAGCCAUAGCAACAGAGUGUUCUUUGAACUUUCUAAGUGUUAAAGGUCCAGAGUUAAUCAACAUGUAUGUAGGCCAGAGUGAACAGAACGUCCGAGACGUGUUUGAGAGAGCCAGGAGUGCCACGCCAUGUGUCAUCUUCUUUGAUGAGCUGGACUCCUUGGCCCCCAACCGAGGGCGGGCGGGCGACUCUGGGGGAGUGAUGGACCGUGUCGUCUCCCAGCUGCUGGCCGAAUUAGAUGGCCUUAAUAAGUCAUGUGACGUAUUUGUGAUUGGUGCCACUAAUCGUCCAGAUCUGCUAGAUCCAGCUUUACUAAGACCUGGCAGGUUUGACAAGAUGUUAUACCUUGGAAUUCCAGAAGACAAGAGCUCGAAACUGAAUGUUUUGAAAGCCCUUACCAGAAAGUUUGAAAUGGCAGAUGAUGUAGAUUUAGAUGCAUUAGCGGAGAAAUGUCCAUCGAAUUUAACAGGGGCAGAUUUUUAUGCUCUCUGCUCUGAUGCAAUGCUAAAUCGAAUGAAGCACAAAAUUCAGCAGUUAGAAGCAGGAGAGAAUGUUAACGAGGCAGAAAUAAUUGUGUCACAAGAGGACUUUGAAGAAGCUUUGGCAAAUUUAUCCCCAUCACUGACAGAUGCUGAAAUCCAAAGAUAUUGUCAGAUGAGAGACUCUUUCUCUAAUGACAAGGACCACCAAAUUCACGAUAAACUUGUUACAGGUCAACUAUUACCAGACAGUGUAGCCUAACUGGUGAAAGGAAAAAAACAAGUGAAAAAUGCCAUGAUGUCAAUCUGUGAUAUAGAUAUGUUUCAAUUUAUUCAAACCUACCAAUGCUUAUUGUCAAUAGUAAUAAAUAAAAAUAUGAUCAUAA